AUGACCACUGGGGUCUUGCUGUGGUCAGCUGAUUCCCAGGAGAAACUGAGAAUCACAUUCCACUUUUUUAGCGCUUGCUCCAACUUGGAGCAAGCAGAGUUCAGGGGCUGUAGGAAGGAGAGAAACCUGACCAAGUUUGGUCAAGCCAAAUCAGAGGGUCCCUGGUCUCCAGACACCAGCCCCCCCCCCACCAAGUCAGGAAUAGAAACCACCGCCUCCGCGGCAUCCCUCCCUCCCCCGAAGCGGCCCGGCAGCGAUCGAUGCGGCCUCAGCCGCGGGGGACCGAGGGAGGCCAGCAAGGAGCAGCGGCGGGGCCUCCGACAGCAGCGCGACUCUGCAGAACCGGGCAGAGACAACACCAGGCGCGGCCCAUGGCUCCCAACCUCGGCGCCUUCAGGGACUGACGCUCAGGGCGCCUGGAAGGGGCCGCGACAGAAUUUCUCAUUCAUUAAGUCUAGGGCAGGCUGCCAAUCUACACCUCUAACAAAUUCCCAGGUCAUACUGAUGCUGCUGGUCCGGGGAACACACUCUGAGAACCGUGGGACUAAAUUCAUCUUCCCGACAACCCCGAGUGACGAGCGCUUAACCGUUGCACCACCAGGGCUGGUGGAUGAGGCCCGGGACUUUAACCUGAACCUCCCGGAAGAGGUCGGAGAUCGCCCUCAACUCACCCUUCUGACAGCCGCAGGCUGGCGCUCAGCAGCCACUGUGAGGGUGUCCCAUGGCCCCCGCGCUGCAGUCUCCUGGCGGCGAAGGGACGAGGUGCUGCGUGUGAACGUGGGCGGUGUGCGCCGGCGGCUGAGCGCGUCCUCUGUGGCGCGCUUCCCGGGCACACGGCUGGGCCGCCUGCAGGCCGCGACGUCGGAGGAGCAGGCGCGACGCCUGUGCGACGACUAUGACGCAGUAGCGCGCGAGUUCUACUUUGACCGGCACCCGGGCUUCUUCCUGGUCCUGCUGCACUUCUACCGCACCGGCCGUCUCCACCUGCUCGACGAGCUGUGCGUCUUCGCCUUCAACCAGGAGGCCGACUACUGGGGCCUGAACGAGGGCGCGUUGGCCGCGUGCUGCCGCGCACGCUACCUGGAGCGUUGCGUGGCGGGGCCGCACGCCUGGGACGAGGACAGCGACACGCCGAGCAGCGUGGACCCGUGCCCAGACGAGAUCUCCGACGUGCAGCGCCAGCUGGCGCGUUACGGCGCGGCCCGCUGCGGUCGCCUGCGUCGCCGCCUCUGGCUCACCAUGGAGAACCCGGGCUACUCGCUGCCCAGCAAGCUCUUCAGCUGCGUCUCCAUCGGCGUGGUGCUCGCCUCCAUCGCCGCCAUGUGCAUCCACAGCCUGCCCGAGUACCAGGCCCGCGAGGCCGCGGCCGCGGUGGCUGCUGUGGCCGCGGGUCGUAGCGCGGAGGAGGCCAACGACGACCCAGUGCUGCGGCGCCUCGAGUACUUCUGCAUCGCCUGGUUCAGCUUCGAGGUGUCGUCGCGCCUCCUGCUGGCCCCCAGCGCGCGCAACUUCUUCUGCCACCCGCUCAACCUCAUCGACAUCGUGUCUGUGCUGCCCUUCUAUCUCACCCUAGUGGCAGGGGCUGCGCUCGGCAACCGGGGCGGCGCAGGCGGCGAGGAGCUCGGAGACCUGGGCAAGGUGGUGCAGGUCUUUCGCCUCAUGCGCAUCUUCCGUGUGCUCAAGCUGGCACGCCACUCCACGGGGCUGCGAUCACUGGGCGCCACACUCAAGCACAGCUACCGCGAGGUGGGCAUCUUACUGCUGUACCUGGCCGUAGGCGUGUCUGUGUUCUCUGGCGUGGCCUACACAGCUGAGAAGGAGGAAGAUGUGGGCUUCGACACCAUCCCAGCCUGCUGGUGGUGGGGCACAGUGAGCAUGACCACCGUGGGCUACGGGGAUGUGGUACCAGUGACGGUGACUGGCAAGCUGGCCGCCUCAGGCUGCAUCCUGGGGGGCAUCCUGGUAGUAGCGCUCCCUAUCACCAUCAUCUUCAACAAGUUCUCCCACUUCUACCGGCGCCAGAAGGCCCUGGAGGCAGCCGUGCGCAACAGUGACCCCCGGGAGUUUGAAGACCCGCUGAGCAGCGUUGAUGGGGUGUCAGAAGCGUCCCUGGAGAUGUCCCAUGAGACCUCUCAGGAGGGAAGUUCUGCAGACUUGGAGGCCCAACACCCCAGGGAGCCUCCAAACUCUAAGGCUUAUUAA